AUUAGACAAAUCCAUACAAAUUUUUGUGAUUAUAUUAAAUAAUAAUGUCGGAAAACAGCAUAGUAGAUGAGCAAGCUAGUGGGGAUGUCACUCCGGUAAAACUCGAUGAAAAACUAUCUGAAGUAGAACCUCCAAAAACACCAGAUGUAGAACUGAUAGUUGACGGCUUCGGAUUCAUGCCAAAAGUACCCAUUGGUACCAAAAAACUAAAGGACCCCAAAGUGUCUGAAGAAUUCCUGCCAAAGUCUGAACAUAGUCCUUGUAUAUCCAGUACCAAUAUCGACAUUGUUAGAAGAUACACUUGGAAGACUAAGAAUAAAAUGACUGUUCAGAUCAUAUCUUAUGGUGCAACUAUAACCUCAAUCCAAGUGCCUGAUAGAAAAGGUGUGCCAACAGAUGUAGUGGCUGGUUUUGAUACAUUGGACGAAUAUUUCCAAGAAAGGAAUCCGUACUUUGGGUCAACACUUGGCAGAUAUGCUAACUACAUCCGAGACCCUACCAUACAAAUUCGACCAUCGGGAAAACUCUACGCCUUAUCAACGAACAGGGGGAAACAUCAUUAUAACGGUGGCUUCACUGGGUUUGACAAGGUGAACUGGCGAUCAUAUGUGAGUGGGAAGAAGGUGAUCAUGAGCCACGUCUCCGACAGGUUUCAUGAGGGUUACCCGGGGUCCCUGAUGACUCAAAUCGAGUUUGAGGUCACCUGUGACAACACACUCAAAGUAGAGAUGAAAUGCACCACCAGCGAGCCGACAAUUGUGAACUUGAGCCUGUCCCCGUAUUUCAAUUUGGCCGGACAUAAUUCCGGUCCUGAUGCAUUAUACAACCACAUAUUUACAAUCAACGCAGACAAGUACACAGCGCAGGACGACGAAGGUUUUGUCACAGGUGAGAAGAAAGUGGUGGGUGGAACUUCUUUCGACUUCCGAAUUCCGAGGGUGUUGAAGACAAUGAUUAACAAGAUCGCCAUGGGCGGUUACGACUUGAAUUAUUGUGUCACCCAGGGUAUAGACCAGGAUCUGACCUUCCAUGCCAGAGUACUGGAUCCUGAGAGCGGUCGUGUGAUGGAGAUGUACAGCAAUCAGCCGGGGAUGCACUUCUACACGGGAAACCUACUGCCGGAUCCAGAGAAAAUAGUUGAGAUGCCCCACAAAGUCAGUACAGAGGAAGAAAGUGUAGAGAAAGAUGCUGAAAGUUUGCAAUCGUAUGAAGGCGAGGAGAAGUCUGAGGAUGGAAGCGAGGGCAAAAGAAUGUAUGGAUAUAUACCUCUUGUGGGAAAAGGUGGAUCCAACUACCGAAAACAUGGCCUCUUCUGUAUCAUGCCUCAAAAUUAUCCGGAUGCAAUAAAUCAUAAACAUUUUCCAAACUCGGUUUUGAAUCCCGGAGAAGUAUACACGCACAAGAUACAAUACAAGUUUGGUCUGCUGCUUGGAAAAUAUGUGUAAAUUAUGUA